AUAUAUUUGAUUGAUGUACAUUACUCCAUUAUGGUACCAUUACAUGACAUUCCCAAAUGAGUCCUACCACAUCCGUAUGUCCAAGCUAAGGGAGAUGCAUGGCAUUGAUAUUAUUUAGUGGUUACUUGCCAUCCAUACACAUCCGUCCAAACUGGAGCAGCAACACAUGGCAUGGAGAAUGUCCUCUUCCAUUUUGUUUGUGUUCCUAAUUAUUUCACAGUAAAUAUUGAUAUAUAGGCAUGCUUUGUACAAUGGCAGUGACACACACGAAAUAAACAAAGCAAUUCCUUUGCUUCUCUUUGAGAGUUUAUCAUGGUAUCGGAGCCUUAAGGGUUCAAAUUUUUUUUCUUUCUUCUCUUCUCUUGAAUAGCCUUGCUGAGGAAUCGCAGGCGACUAUGUCAUCCGAGGAGUCAGUCACGACGAACAAAAAUAAAACCUCCGAUGAAAUUCCGCAGCGACGCACGAUCUCUCCGUACGAUCUUCAUGCGAAUGAUAAUCCCGGAUUGAUCAUUACACAAGUUGUCUUGAAAGAACCUUUCCCUACCACAUCUCGCGUCUAUCGUGUUUUAACGCAAGAAGAAACUGCCCGUGCCACUCAAGCUCGUACACGUCCGGAGAACACAGCAUUCGUUGCGCGAAGUGCACAUUUUGAUGUUCCUCGUGACAAAACUAUGACAUGUGGCUACUGUAAAAAGAUCGGGCAUCACAAGGACUCUUGUUUUCAACUUCACGGCUAUCCAGAGGGCUGGGGAGGACGUGUUCGAGGCGGGGGAGGACGUGGCAGGGGUCGUGGUCGUGGGCCCAACACAGGCCGUGGCACAGCGGCUCCCCCACACACAGCACAUGUUGCUGCAGUGACUGGAGGCAACGGACAGGAACCCGCCAUGACUGACACGAUUCCCUCGCUCACAACCGAUCAGUGGGAGACGUUUCGUGCCUUGCUUGCAUCAGUUAAAGACAAAGUCUUUCCUUUUAAGGAUUUGGCCCAAGAUUCCACUGUAGCACAAGAAUUCUCCUACAUCGACGAUGAGGACAUCAUUCGUCCGGAGUCACUGCCCAAGGGGGGUUCAGUUCCGCCUCCUCUUGUCACUACUGCCAGCAAUUCCGCCGAACAGAGGGAGAUCACAUCUUCAUCAUCGGCAGAACCCAGUAACGGGCAGACAGUGUCCCAGCCUGAGUCUCCGACAAUUACUGAGCCCAUAUUGCAGCAGCCAGUAAUUCAACCCGAAAAUGAAUUGAUGGGUCGUGGUCAUCGUCAGAAAACCAGCAGUGUUCGUCUUCAAGAUUACUACACUUACACGGUGGCAAAAGAGAAUGUAUCGUGUAAGUAUCCUUUGACUGAUGUUAUUGGUUACUCACGGUUCUCUGAUCAGCACAGAAGUUAUCUAGCUGCCAUUGAUGUUGUCUCUGAACCACAAUCUUAUCAAGCGGCACUUAAAUCACCGCCAUUGGUGCAAGGCAAUGAAAGAAGAGAUCACGGCUUUGGAGAACAAUGAUACGUGGCGUUUGGUCCCUUUGCCUCCUCAUAAAAAGGCUUUGGGAUG